GAAUUUUGUACCGAAAAUGGUGCCAACUGUUUGCGUAGAAGAGUUCCCGAUGGCGCCAGCCACCGUUACCUCGCGCACUCGUCGCCGCCGUCGACGACGUUCUCAAAAUGGCACGAAAUGGCGGAGAUACACGUCGGAGGAUAUGCUGCGAACCGGGACGAUCGUCGAGACGCUCUUAUCGCCCAGCGAAAAUUGUCCGCGAAGGGUGCGGAGACUCGGUUACGCGGACACGGCUCCCGUCUGUCCCGAUUAUCCCGUCGCGUACGGAAGCGGGGAGCACCCGAUGAACGCGGAGGAUCACAGAAGACUCGUCGCGGAAAGAAGAAAAGAUCUCUUGAACAUUGUCGUGCGCACGAUAAUUCUCGUGCACCGCAACCGUAUCCUUCAAAAGCGUCUGGACGCGUUGUGGCUGGAAACGCGAAGGAUCCUCCAUUCCGGGACAAAUAAUCCGGAAAAUCAGCAGCAAGUAUCGUCACAUUCAGAAGACUCGUCCACCACGGAGAAAGUCUCGGCAUUAUCGCCCGUACAUGACGCCGAUCCGACGAGAGACUCGUUUUGCGGAAUCGCUUCCACUCGCGAUAAUCGCGAAGCGCACCAAUGACGAGUCGAGCUUGUCUGAUAAAUCCAAAGGUUCCAGCGGGGAGAGUUUUUUUUUCCUUUUUUCUUUUUUUUUUCAAUACCCGGAGAGAUUGAUACGUACUCUACUGGUGCGUAAAUAGGCAGUGAGUCAGUCAGGCGUCCACACCUAUUCUGCGUAUGUAGACAUGUUUAUCUUUAGAUAAAUAAUUUAUAUUUUAUUUAAUGUACAUGUUAUCGAAUACUUCUCCUCGAAAGAAACAUUUCGACAUAGACUCCUCUUUUGUGUUUUGCGUAUAAUAUAUUACAAAGAAAUGUAAUAUAUUAUACGGGAAUUUACAUUUGUUAGUUAUAUAUUACAACUAACAAAUGUAAAUUCCCAAAAAAUUACUUCUUCAGGGUCCCAUUGCUUAGAACUCAAGUAUUAUUAAUUUUCGCGUACAAGAUACUUCAGACUUAACGGAAGAUGAAUUGGCAACGUUAUUUUUUUGAGAAAUUAAAAUUUUUUUGCUGGAGAAAUUAGCAUUAAUCGUUUCCCGAACUGUAAAUUGACCGCCUUUACGGCCAUUAAACUUUAGAGGCUAUUAAAUGGUGGGAUCGACCUCGCAAAUCAAUGAAUACUAAUCAAUGAAUAAUCAUGUUUGUCGCAUUAUUGAGGCAAACAUUCGAAACGGCGUUUUAAUUUGAAUAUUUAUGGAGAGAUGUCGAAUAUCGAAACACGAGGGAGAACGAUAUUCCUCAAUAUUGAGAAUAUGUUCCUUAAUAUCGAUAAAAGAAAUGUGACUUCCUAUUGCUUCCAAUCUAACGGAGAAAGCAACGCUAUAUGUACAGUUUUUGUCUAUUCUGGUACGCUAUCUCCGCCUUCGUAUUCACGUUGAAAUAUCUGGAGUAUCGCGAUAGAUUUCACUGAACAAAUAGAUUGCUUCGUCAACAAAGUUCGAUCCGAAACUUUAGAUUAAAAAAAUUUAACACCGCACCGAAAUGUCAGUUCAAAUAUUUCGGUGAGAGAGAGAGAGACGAGCGAUCUCACGCUGUGCGCAACAAUUAAGAUAUAUAUUUUCAACUAUAUAAAAUAAGAAAGAUGUUACAUAAUUAUUUGGAGAUAUCGUUCAUUUGCAACAACAAUGAUAUAAUUAAAAAAAAAUGGUCAUUUCUAAGUUGUAUGCAAAAAAAAAUUUGAUGAAAAUUCAAUACACUGAGUGAAGAGCUAAUGACAUUUUUAUUCCCUUACAAUUAGCAGAUCAAAUUUUGAACGAUUCGAAACACUCGAGCUGGAGAAAUUUAUUUUUGAAAUAAUUAUGUCGUUGCGGCAAAUGAGUGGUAUAACGAAAAGCUAUUCUUGGAAAGUAAUAUAUACAGGAUGACAGAAUUCACGCAACUUCUUCCUAGAGGCUAACAAUAAAACUUUCGUUGCUUGCGAUAUGGAAACGAAUGAGAUUGUUCGUCUUGGACGAUUUUGCAAAAUCAGCCAAGUGCCAGCGAUUGCAAGAGAUGGAAUGUACUCGUUAAGUGUCAAGUUUGGACACUGCGAGUAAUCUUUGAGUAAACGUCAGAUAUUUAGUAAACGUUUAGAUGGCACGAGCAUUUAAAAUGUUAGCAUAACCGCUUCGAGUAGUGUGAGAUACCGAAGAAAGAACGCUAUAAUUAAUCUAGUUUAUUAAAACUGUGACAGUUAAGUGCUAUCCUUACACGACCCUUCAUUGAUAAUCAAUCGAUCAUCGAAAGAUAGAAUGUUACAGAGUCCGCUAAUUGAUUAUGAAAAUCGAACGAAUAAUGUUACAACGUGAUGAUACACACGGGAGCGUCGAUUUAUAAAUUAAACAUCAAAAAACUGUUUUAAAUAAUAAAAAUACUUCGUAUACUAAUUAUGCUUUAUAUGCUAAUUAAUUUCCGCACUCAUCAUAAUAGAACAAAAAAAAUUGUAUAUAUAUAUUUUAUUUUCGGACCGCCCCGUUUGUAAAAAAAAAAAAAAAAAAAAAAAAAAAAAAGAUAGAAGACUACCCAUAGAAAACGUUCAAUCGUUUUAAAACGUAAUUGUGAUUUUAACAGUGUGAAUAUUGUUGAUUACGAUAAAGUUUUACUAAUUUAUUCGCGAUAAAAUAAAAUUUAUUAAAAAAUAAAGAUAAGGAACUAUACAAGUUAAAAUUUCUAUCGUAUUCCAAGAACUGAAUUCGCUUUCAUCAGAUAAUGUGAUCUAGAAAACGAUAAGACUUUUGGCAAAUCGUAUUAGUCUCUAUCAGUUUUCUAUCAGUUCUUUUUAACAAGGAUCUGAUAUUUAUUAGAUACUUCUUGUUAUUAAAAUUAUUCUACAGAUUAUAUAUAUACACUUCUAAAGAUUAUAUAUAUAUACACACACACACACGUUUCUAUGAUGAAAAUACGAUAUGUAAUUAAAGAAUGUGCUGAAUCAGCUGAAUGAAAACUUCAUUCGUGACCGUCGAUUUGUGAAUUAAAAAAGAUUACAAAACCUUCAGCUCUUUUUCAACAGCACUUCCAAUCAUUAAUAAUGCUGGAUGAAACAGUUGGCGAAAUGGAUUUUAAUUAUAGCCAGCCUAUUUAUUUAAUAAAUCGAUAUUCUCGAUAUUCUCAUUAAUAUUCUCGGUUAAUAUUUCGAAAUCAAAAGCGGUAAUGAUCUACAAUUCCCAUACAAUUCAACGUUUGCAAAUCCUUGUAACAUUAUUCGUACAUCACAGUUGUUGUAGCUUCGUGUGUACGAUUUGUAGUCAUAAUACUACUAGAGAAUCAGAAUCAGUUGAAAGAUUCUCUUGAUUUUUUUUUUUCUUGAACAUCAGUAACAUUCUAUCUAACAAUUUAGGAUGCGGUCCACGUGCGGUCCACGCUAUGCAAAUGCUUUGAAACAUUCAAUUGACCUAUUAAUGUAAAAAAAUUUUACUAAUUGGCCUGUAGCCUGUAACGUGGACUGUAGCCUUCAACAUUAAUCGAGCGUAUUCCGUUACUGCUAUAUGGCUGUGAAGUCUGUAUUUGCACCCGCAUAAUCUCUUUUGCAAUAUUUUACCUAACAUGUGUAGCUAUCUCGUCGAACGAGACGUUCUGCGGCUAUAUUAGCAGGGUUGGGAAUAUUGCUUCAAAAGAGUAACGUGUUACCACCACCAUUUCUCAGGAAAGUAACGAUUUUCAAUCACGUGCAAAUUUUAACGAUAAUUUUUAUUGUUCGUAAAACAUUUAAUUUUUAAAUAUUAAUGUCGUUAUUAAAAACGCAUUCUAGUAUUCACUGCCAGUAUUGAAUCUGUAGUUCGCAUUAUGCAAAUGUACAUAUACUACAGAUUUUCAGUAUUGACUGUAAUGACAAUGACUAUCGGAAUGCAGUUUAAAAUGCAAAAUAUUUUUCAAUAUUUGCAAUAUAAAAUAUAAAAAAAUAAAAUUUACAAUUGCAUGUAACCGUCUAGUAUUUGGUAUACCAAUGGUAUUUGCGCACUGAAGUAAUGUGCGAACCUAUUGAAUAGGCACAAAGAUAACAGAGAACUACAUAUUACUGUAGAAAUGUAAUGACACUACUGUUAUAGACAGAAAAAAUAACGAUUGUUAGAAAAAAAAGAUAAAUGGUAAUGGUAUCACAAAUAACGCGUUACUUCCCAACCCUGUAUACUCGUAUUAGGAUACGUAAUUUUACGCGAUAAAAUGUUAUUUGAAUAUGCCAUGCGGUUUAUAUACGUGACAGUCCAUAGAUAAUCACAUAUGCAUUAACUCGCCCAGAAAUAUGAUGAAUUUUACGGAAAAGAAAAAUCAAGGGGAUCGAUAUGAACAGAAAUUAACACCAGAUCAUAAUGUAAUAUGCUAAAGUCUAAUCGUAUGAAUUUCCGAUGCUUAUAUAAAUACAAUUCGUUACUUUUAAGUGUGACUACUUUUAAUGUUUCGUGAAAAAGUGUAAGCUAGGAUCAUAUGAUUGCAUGCAGCGGUUGUAUUUAUGAGUAUGCUUAAUAGAAGAAGCUAGGCCAACAACUUUUAUGCGAUACCCUUCUAUUAAUUUGGUGUACGACGUUUAGUUUAUUAACGUAUAAAGUAUGCAAGAAUUAUUGUAAACUUUUAAUUUGAUUUGAGUUUCAUGAUCGUUUUGCAUGUCUAACUAUUAGAAAAAAAACGUUGAUGUAAGUAUAAUAAUGUAUCUAAAAGAGAGAUUUGAUAUCUUUCACAAAUAUAACAAAUCCUUAUUUAUUUUACGAUUGCAGUGUAUUUUGAGAUAUCUAUAUAUAACUAACAAAUUGAAAGCAAUGCUAAUACCGCAUUUAAUCUACUUUAGUACUGUGUGAUAAAAUCAUAGUUACAUAUAUACAUUUCAGGGAUAAUUAAUAAAUUUCAUACUGAAAAGCAUGUGAUAAAUAUAUCCUUUUAGCAUUAUUCAAUCAAACUGUAUGCGAAUAGAGAGAAUUUGUGCCUAAGGUGCAUGUACGCGCUACUUUCCAAUCACUGGAGCAAUACAAAUCUAUAAUAGGCGACGAUUAGAUAAUAUUUAGAUUCAAUGUAGUGAUUAGACCUAAUGUUCAUCGUAAUAUUUACUGUAUGUAUUUACAUAAGAAUAUUUUACUGUCGACAUGAUACAAAAUAUUUUAUGAAUCCGCUCUUACAUACGAUGGACGUGCGUUUACGUAUGUGUGUAUGCCUACGUGCGUGCGUGCAUGCGUGAGAAUAAAUCUAUUAUAAAAACAUUUACAAAUGUCUUGUCAUAUCACUGUGCUUAAUUAUUUCUAAUAUCGUGAAUGGAAAGAACGGAAUCAAAUAUUAUAAUAAGGAAUUAGUAUUUAACAGAGCAAUAUUCACAAUUAUAUCGUAUUUCAAUAUAUUUUGUAUAGCUUGUGACUUAAAAAUAAUUGUGAGAAUAUAUACGUGGUACAUAUUGUAUUCCCCAAGACUCUUUAAAGGAAGAACAGUCUUUAUUAAAAAUUUUGAACUUGGUUAACUGAUAUAUUACAUUUUUAUAUUAUAAGAACAAAGUAAUGUUAUACAUAUAAUAAUUUAUAUCUUUCAUUUCUUCACCACUUAAUUUUAUUUUAAUGCUACCCGUAUUUGUAAUCUCAUAACAUUAUAUCCUUUUAAAUAUGUAGUAAAAAAAUAAAAAUAAUUUUACAAUUA